AUGUCAAUACUCAAGUCAUACACACUAUCAAAACUCUCUUACCACAUGUACCUUGACAAAUUCACAGAAUCAGAUAUCAAAUCACUCAACAAAAUAAUCACUUGGUUCCUAUGGUCAUCCAAUCUCAGACCUUUCGAAGAUGCAAAAUCAUUUAAGAAUACAAUGACACUCUCCAGAGCAGUACAUCAUUGGAAAAAUGGUGGCAUUUCAUUGUGGGAUAUGAAACUACGAAAUGACGCUCAACACAUUUGGAUACUAAAUAGAGUAAUUGCAAAUCAAGAUGUCUAUUCCCCAUACUACCAAAGCUGGCGUAACCAAAUUAGACAUAACAAGAUAACCUCACCUACACUCAAACAUUCCAUCCUUCUUUGGCAACAAUUUAGACCAAUUAUGAAAUUACCUCAACAUCAAAUGAAACCAAUAUUGCGUAAUGACGAACCACUACCACUUAAACUCAUAUACCACAACCUUAUCAACCAUCACCACAAACCAACUUUACAUCAACCCGAAACAUCUUCUACUACAUUAACUCCAUCAAACACCACAGAGGUAGAAACACAGUAUUCAGAUUCUUCUCAAGAUCACUUCCUGGUAUGGCAUACAUCAAACAAGACAGUUGUAAACUAUGUUCAUCAUCCUAAACAAAUUCAACCUCAAACACAUCACACAACAUCUACUACUCACUUCUACCUCUGCGAUGAAUCAUCAGACCUAACAGCGAUCAUCUACCACAACAUUUGGAAACAUGUCAGUUCAAUUCUAUUCAGUCAAGAUGACAAAAUACUCGAUUUCUCCAACCAAUCUAUUAUAUCCGACUUCGAUAUCCACAGAAACAUUCUAAAAUUAAUAAACAACACUCCAACACCAGCCAACUAA